AUGUCCACGAAUCAGGCUGAUCGAGAUAUUGAGAAUAUACGGAAGGCCGCGGAUGUGGAUGCUGUUGGGGUGUACUUUACCAAAAAUCCCAAACUGCAGUACAUAGGUGUAGCAGGAAUAGGGCGGCAUGGCGGUGCACUCCUGUUCCGUGAAUGGGACGACGGCGACGUACCGGUUCGACGAAUCGUCGUAAAGUAUUCGCUGCAUGCGAAGGUGGAUGCGAACCUGCGGAACGAAACCCAGUGGCUGGAGAGGUUACGAGGCGCAGAGCAUAUUGGGCAAAUAAUUCCGCUGGCCGAUGCUCAGCUUGAUGUGACUGGAACUGGGAAACGUCCCACCAUCGCGCUUGAAUUUAUCCCCCACGGCACCGCCCAAGAUUUCCGAGAGAAGAUGUUAGGCGAGGGAUUGGUUAUCCUUCAAAGUCAGUUCCUGUGGCGAAUCCUUCUCUGCUUGGUGCGGCAAGUAGUUGCAAUGGCGUAUCCCCCCGAGGCCCCCGCGGGAGCGCCAGUUACUCGCGAAAGGAUUUUGCCUGGGGUAGAGCCGUUUGCCCUGACGCAAAAUUCCAGUCACCUUAACAAUCUUAUGAUUGAUGAAUUAAUGGUUGGUGACGAUGAUCAUGGCAUGGUCCCGAGGUUCAAGUUGAUCGAUUUCGGACGCGGUAACGCCGAAGGAACUUUCAAAGAGGCCUACUUGGACAACGUAUGGGCUCUCGGACACAUGAUAAUCGCGUUGGCCGUGCCGGGACUGGGUUACGGGGAAAUGGCAAAGGCCGAAGACGACUUGUCCACUAUAUACGAACUGCAAGAACCUAUAGAGGGAAAAACGAAGAUGCGAACGGGCGCACAUCCGGAGUUUUGCGAGAUUGAAGUCAUGGACGUCACGUUACGAGACCUGAUAGUGCGGUGCAUGGCGAGGAAUAGCAUGUUCGUGCCGUCGAUGGAGGAACUACUGGAGAAGUGCGAACAGGCCGUUAAGAACAGGAAACCAGAGGACUACUUUAACGACGAAUUUAGCGAGGCAGAUAAGGAGCUGGAGAUGGACGAGACUAUUCGGCUAUACGUACAGAGAUUUAUACUGGAUGCUGAUGUUACAGGAGGGCCGGCCGACGUAGAACGUAAUCGACCCGAAACAUUGAAUCGGACGGGAGCUGGGCCACACGCAGGACAGAUGGGACUUACGAUGAUGGGUGUGGCCGGCCGAAAUAGAGCCGCGAUUGUGUUACAAGAGGCAAAGAAUGCUCUAAUUCGGCGGGGGAAAGGUCAAGGUGGAGAUGGAACUGAUGAUGACGAUGAUGUUGAUUGA